GCACGUUGGCCAGGUCUUCUGCAGGCUUUCCAGGGACAAAAAUGGCCAUGGCCAGCGGUUUUUACCUGCGCUACUACGUAGGGCACAAGGGGAAAUUUGGACACGAGUUUCUGGAGUUUGAGUUUCGACCGGACGGGAGAAACGUUGAAGACCGCUGAGAGCAGCAUGAGUAGAGGGCGAGGUGGAACUGCCUGCUGCCCAGGAAAGCUUAGAUAUGCCAACAACAGCAAUUACAAAAAUGAUGUCAUGAUCAGAAAAGAAGCUUAUGUACACAAGAGUGUAAUGGAAGAAUUGAAGAGGAUUAUUGAUGACAGUGAAAUUACAAAAGAAGAUGAUGUUUUGUGGCCUCCCCCAACAGGCUUGGCUGACAGUAGGCACCAGGAGCUUGAAAUUGUAAUUGGAGAUGAACACAUUUCUUUUACCACAUCAAAAAUAGGUUCUCUUAUUAAUGUAAAUCAGUCAAAGGAUCCUGAAGGCCUUCGAGUAUUUUACUAUUUGGUACAGGACCUGAAAUGUUUAGUUUUUAGUCUUAUUGGAUUACAUUUCAAGAUUAAGCCAAUCUAAGUUGUAUGUUUUUUUUAACUGCUUUUAUGUUUAAUUAAGGGAUGGGUAAGGGAGGGCUUAUUUGUCAUUUACAAUACUGAGAUUUUUAUGAAUGUGAAGCAGACAAAUUUUUUUGGUAUGCAAACAAAGUAAGAAAAUACAUAAACAAGCUUGAUUGUUAUCCUCACCUGGGUCCAAGUGGGUUGGACAGUCCCCACACACAUUAAAUUCUGUAAAUAAAAGCCACUUUGCUUUGAAAUUGUGCUCCAAUAAAAUAUAUCAAAGCCUGGA